GCGGGCAGCCCGCAGACCCCUCCCCGGCGCAGGGGGCUCGGCCCACCGCGACUGUACCAUUCAGCAUUCCCGCAGGGGCAAACCGCAGCAAAAUGCAUCCCGGGGGCUCGACCCUUCGUGCCAGCGGGGCCCAGCCCCGGGGCACCGCCGCACCGGCAAAGCCCGGGAGGGGGCUCAGUGUCCCCCUUGGCUUGGCACACUCAGACUGCUCCCAGCCUGGCUGCCCAGCUCUCUCCCACCCUCCCUUGCCCUGCAAAAGGGAGGAGGGGGCUGGCAGCGGCAGAGCGAGGUGGGAGAGGCGGCAAGGCAGGCGUGCGGGAGCUCGGCCAGCCGGUGAGAGGGAAGAUGAGCACAGAGGACAUUGGCAAUGGGACCUCCCCUACCACGCCUCUCCUUGGGCUUCUGGUUUCAACGACUGAGCUGGUCCCUCCCAGCUAUGCAUCCCCUGAGACAGCAGACCCACUGCUUGUCAUUGUUGCACUCAUCUGCAUCUUCCUCCUCCUGGCGACCUUCCUCAUCUUUGUUACCCUCUGCAAGCCAGCAGCGCUGGACCAGGCCCGCUCCGGGCCCCAUGAGUGCAUGCCCCAUCACCCAGUGGAUGCCAGUGAGCCCCAGCUGAGGUUCUGGAAGCGGCUGGGCUCCCUGCGAUGCUCCAUCAACACCUUCAGGAGGAGUCAGCCAAUGUCCCAGAAACAGCUCACCUGCCCCAGGAGCUCCCUCACCAGCCAGAACCGGGAUAUCAUGGAGUCCACCAAAAUGUGACCCUCCUCUGCAGGAACUAACUCACCCCACACUGCUAGUCUUUCUCAAGCUUUUGGUUCAGCCUCAGUUCCCUUCUGAGCAUCCUGGCAGAGCCCCUUUGAGCAGCUCAUUUCCGGGCAGGGACUCUGCAAGGUGAUGAGAGAUUUUGCUAUUUCAGUUUCACAAAUGCUUUCCAGGUUACCGUUUCCUGGCAGGAAAGGUGGAGGCAUCUGAAAUACAACCACACACAGCUAUCACCAGGCAGUCCAAAAAAUACUGCCGCUUAAUUUCUCUUGGAAAACAUUGUGCAAGUUGCGAGCCACCUGAACAAACAGCCUGGGUGAGAGAAGAGCAAGCUGGCUACCCAACAAAUACUGCCUUGAAGAGAGGCAUCCUAGGGCAAAUGUGCUCUACUAAAAGCAAUCCUCAGCUGAGAUUGUCCCUGAGUUGUGGUCCUGAGCAGGCAGAGGAAGGCUUGUGCCCCCUGUGUGCCACUUGGUCCCUGUCUACUCUCUCUCCAUGCAAUGAGCCGUGGUUGCUGCAGUAGAUGCUUGGCAGGAUAUAUGCUACAGCUGUUUGCUGGAAACCUGUUUCAAUCAAUGAGCAGUGGGAGCAGGUAAACAUGCCUAUAAAAUGCAUUAAAGAGAGCUUUUGAGGCUCGCAGCCACUGCCAGCUUGGAAAGGCACUGCGCAAAGCUGAGCUGCUAAUUUCUGCUGGGAAAGGGUACAACAACCAGCAGGUAAGCUGACGUGCUCAAAGGAAUCAGUACAAAACACCAAAAGUGGCUUAAUUCUUCCAAGUCUGCAGCUCACACUAUAUUCAGCUGUUGAGUUCACACCUCUGGGUGAAGUCUGCAUGCUCAGCGAGGCCCCACGGUGAGCACCAAAGCCCAUCUCCCUGGGCUUCACUUGGUCUCUGACCCUCGUUGAGGUGCAGCUCUGCAUCAGGACUUCUCCGGGCUGCCUGGGGCAUUCCUGCUCUCCUCUGGCCCUGGGCUGCCUGGCUUUCAGAGAAGAGGAUGGGGAAGCCUUUGAAAACUCUUUUGUUGCCACAGUGACGUGGGGAUGUAUUUGAAGGGAGAGACCUUCAGUACAAAUGGCUCACACUAAAGGUGUAAAUUAAACUAAACCCAGGCGAUUGCCCA